AUGCCGACUGUGCUGUGGUCGGCCAACCCCACGGCGUCUGUGCCAACCGCGUCAGCCGAAGACCUUGGCACCAGCUCCGGCGACGACAAGAAGACGCCCCAGGUCGUCGUCAACCCCGCGGACAUACCGCCUCUCGGCGUGCCCAUCGACACCACGCGGCGCUACUUUUGGGAAAAGGCCAGGCCCGUCGAUCUCGAUGCCAUUGCCACCCAGCCGUCCGUCUACGACGACCCGGCUUUGGCCAUCAAGUACCGACCGCGUGCUGACUGGGAGAACAUCCAUCGCUUCGAUCCGCUUGCGCGCUGGACCUGGCGCGAGGAGAAGGCCCUUGUGCGCAAGAUUGACGUUCGCAUCUUCAUCUUUACUUGCGUGGCAUUCAUGGCCCUGGAGAUCGACCGCGUCAAUCUCGCCCAGGCCGUGUCCGACAACAUGCUCGCCGACCUGGGUCUGACGACCAACGACUACAAUCUGGGAAAUACAGUGUUUUUGCUGUCGUUUAUGUGCGCCGAGCUGCCGUCGCAGUUGGUUUCCAAGUGGAUGGGCCCUGAUCGGUGGAUUCCCAUGCAGAUGGUCCUGUGGAGUGUCGUGGCCAUGUGUCAGUACAAGCUCAAUGGCCGGACCUCGUUUCUCGUUACCCGCGCUCUUCUCGCCAUCCUCCAGGGCGGUUUCAUUCCGGACAUGAACCUCUACCUUUCUUACUUCUACACCAGCGCCGAACUGCCCAUCCGCUUGUCCCGCUGGUGGGCGACCAUGACCUUUUCCAUUAUCCUUGGUGCUUUCCUCGCCUUUGGCAUUCUUCACCUGGAUGGCCAUAAUGGCGUCGAGGGCUGGCGCUACCUAUUUCUCAUCGAAGGCCUGAUAACGCUGGCUGUCGGCGUCUCAGCCCUGUAUUUUAUGCCUCCCAGUCCCACGCAGACCAGUGGCUUUCCCCGCGGAAAGAAGGGCUGGUUCACCGAGCGCGAGGAAGCCAUCAUCGUCAACCGCGCUCUCCGGGACGACCCGUCCAAAGGCUCUAUGCACAACAGACAAGCCAUCACACCUCGCUUGCUGUACCACGCUCUCAGGGACUACCACAUGUGGCCAAUUUAUGCCAUUGGCUUAACCUUUCAGAUGUCCAUGGGCCCCCCAACCCAGUAUCUGACUCUGAGUUUGAAGGGCCUCGGCUUCACAACCUUCCAGACCAACUUGCUUAUUAUUCCUACAUACGUGCUCUCCAUGAUCACUUUGCUGUUGGGCACGCUCUUUGCUGGUUGGUCUGGCCGACUGGCCCUCAACGGUCUCCUCGGCCAGUUUUGGGCUCUGCCCUGCCUUAUCGCGCUCUAUUGCAUCGACAUCACGACCGCGAACAAGUGGGUCGUGUUUGCCCUUGUCAGCGUCCUGCUCGGUUACCCCUCGAACCACUCCGUCCAGGUCGGCUGGGCCUCGCGCAACGCCAACACGGUGCGCACCCGCACCGUCUCGACCGCAAUGUAUAACAUGUGCUGCCAGGCGGGCGGUGUUAUUUACUCCAACAUAUACCGAGCCGACGACGCACCCCGCUACCGCCGCGGCAACCGCACCCUCAUCGGCCUGAAUGUUGGCGUGAUCUUUUUGUAUGUGGCGGUGCACUUCUACUACCGCUGGGUCAACGCCCGCCGCGACAAGAUAUGGAAUGCGUGGACGCCCGAAGAGCGCGAACACUAUAUUAACACGACCAAGGACGAGGGCAACAAGCGUCUCGACUUUCGCUUCGAUUACUAG